AUUUAGCUCUUCUUCUCCGCAGCUUUCAUCAACUGAAACUAUAAUUGAAAAUUCUACAGAAACCGCAUUUUUUCUCAUCUUUUGGGAGUUCUCAGAUCAUCACAGUCAAUCAUGUACAGAAUCGCAUCUUCUCGCCUCAGCUCUCUUAAGGCACGUCAAGUCAACAGGGUCUUGACAAGAUUUUCAAGUUCAGCUGCUGUUGCAACCAAGCCAUCUGGGGGGCUUUUUAGUUGGCUAACUGGUGAAAAGUCAAGUCAACAGCCUCCUUUGGACUUCCCCCUCAAUGAUGUUAAACUCUCAACACCAUUACCUGAUUAUGUUGAACCUGGAAAGACCCAGAUAACAACUCUCGCCAAUGGUCUCAAAGUGGCCUCUGAAACAUCAGUGAACCCUGCUGCCUCAAUCGGCCUAUAUGUUGACUGUGGCUCUAUUUACGAGACACCAGCUUCAUAUGGAGCCACACACCUUUUGGAACGCAUGGCCUUCAAAAGCACAUUGAACAGGAGCCACUUGCGUAUUGUACGAGAAAUUGAAGCAAUUGGUGGUAAUGUAACAGCUUCAGCCUCACGAGAGCAUAUGAUCUACACUUACGAUGCUUUGAAAACUUAUGUACCACAAAUGGUGGAGAUGCUUGUUGACUGUGUUAGAAAUCCUGCAUUCCUGGAUUGGGAAGUUACCGAACAGCUUGAGAAGGUUAAAGCUGAGAUUAGUGAGUACUCCAAAAAUCCUCAACACUUGCUUUUGGAGGCAGUUCACUCUGCCGGUUACGCUGGUCCAUACGGGAAUUCUCUGAUGGCCACAGAAGCUACAAUAAACAGGUUGAAUAGCACAGUGCUGGAGGAGUUUGUAGCUGAGAAUUAUACUGCUCCUCGGAUGGUUCUUGCUGCAUCUGGUGUUGAACAUGGAGAAUUGUUAAAAAUUGCAGAACCUCUUCUGUCUGAUUUACCUAAGGUGGCUACUUCUGAGGUGCCGAAACCUGUGUAUGUCGGAGGAGAUUACCGCCGUCAAGGUGAUGCAGAGAUGACCCAUUUUGCCCUUGCUUUUGAAGUUCCUGGUGGCUGGAUGUCUGAAAAGGAGUCAAUGACUUUAACAGUUCUUCAGAUGCUUAUGGGAGGAGGUGGAUCUUUCUCAGCUGGAGGUCCUGGAAAAGGGAUGUACUCAAGAUUAUAUCUUCGUGUCUUGAAUCAGUACCCUCAGAUUCAAGCAUUCUCUGCAUUCAGCAGCAUUUAUAAUGACACCGGAUUAUUUGGAAUUCAAGCAACUACGACCUCUGAUUUUGGGCCACAAGCUGUUGAUUUAGCAGUUAAGGAGCUUAUCGCAAUAGCAAACCCUGGAGAAGUUGAUCAGGUACAGCUAGACCGAGCUAAACAGUCAACAAAGUCUGCCAUUCUGAUGAAUUUGGAAUCUCGGAUGGUUGCAUCAGAAGAUAUUGGCAGACAACUUUUGACAUAUGGAGAGAGGAAACCAGUGGAGCAUUUCUUGAAAGCUAUUGAUGCAGUUUCAGCAAAGGAUAUUGCUUCCGUUGCACAGAAGCUAAUUUCGUCGCCUCUGACCAUGGCAUCCUACGGAGAUGUUCUUUCCCUCCCGAGUUACGAUGCAGUCAGCAACAGGUUCCAUUCCAAAUAAAACAUUUUCAACUACAAAGUACGAUCAAGAUUUUCGUGCUAUUAUUUUUUUAGCUAUUUCUAAAUUUUAGCGUGCGGCGGUAAUUUGUGAAAAAUAAAGGAGGUUACAUACUAUAGAUAAAUCAGCUCUGUCAAGCUUUGAUAAGCAGCAUUUUGGCACAUGAUUUUUGUGUAUAAAGUAAGUAAUUUAUUCAGCUUUCUUCAGUGUUUGACUACAUGAUAUUAGAGAUAUUACUGCUGCAUGUUUUGAAA